AUGAACUCAACGAUAGCCGGCCUUGCGAUUCCAGACAGCGAUUUGUGCCACGUCCAGUGGCGAUCGCUGGCCUGGAUACUCGAACAUGGCCCCUUAACCGAAUCGAACGCGCUGGACUACUUCGCCUUGUCUCCCUUCUACGACCGUAAAUCCACCAACCAGGUCUUACGAAUGCAGAGCAUGUUCUCUGGUCAAUCCAAGAUGGACCCGGCCUCGGAGCAGGAAGCACUUCGGCGGUUCGUCGGAAUCGAGUACGCCCUAGUCCUCUCACGGCCCGAGCCGGAUAGAGAGGGUGGUUUAUUUAUAAUCGAGAAACGCGACCGGAGAGGCUACGACGAAUAUUAUCCGAUCGCCUCAUAUUACAUUCUCAAGACAUCGAUCUACCAAGCGCCCUCACUCUACGCCACCCUGUCCGCACGAGUCCUCACAUCUUUGUCUGCCCUCAAAGAGCUCCUUGAACUGGCUCGUCAACACAAACCUACCUAUGAUCCCCGACAGAGCUAUGCCUGGAAGAUCAAGGAGAAGCCAGAAAACACAGACCCAUCAUCAAGUCUUGAUAAACAAUCCGCAGACCAACCAACGUCCGAGUCGAAGAGAGAGAUUGACCCGACCGCUCAAGAGUCUGAUAAGAUGGACAUCGAUAUGGCUGCUGCCCCCGAGAAAGCUGAUGGUCUAGCCAAGACUACAGCAAAAAAGGACACCAAGGACACGCCGGAGCUCGCCAACCCGAUCCUUUUCCGUGCCCUGCAGAACACAAUCAAUAAUUUCCCGGGGUUCAGGCCUCCUACAGCCGUCAAUCCCGUGCCAGAAUAA